AUGAAAAUUAAUGUCCGAUUAACUUAUUCUUCAAACACAAUUGAAAUUAUAUUUGAUGAUAAUGAGUUUAAUGGUAUGACAGUCUCUGGUAUUAAAGAAAAAAUUCGCAACCAACAACCAGAUGUUGCAGAAUUUAGAUUGAUUUUUGCUGGUCGAGUAUUAAAAGAUGAUGAAGUAUUAAGUACUCUUGGUAUUAAUAACAAUGUUACAUUACACCUUGUUCGUUCACGUAGUCCUACUUCUGUCCCUUCACAACCAACUCCAAGUUCACAAUCAACUCCAGUUUCACAACCAGCACAACCAACUUUUCAAUCCAAUGAACAAAGUACUUUUCAACAACCACAAAUGGGUAAUAUGCCUUUGCCUAAUUUUGGUGGAAUGGGAGGUUUUAAUGGAAUGGGAGGAAUGGACAUGCAACAAACUAUGAAUAUGUUACAACAAAACCCACAAAUGCUUGAACAAGCCAUUAACUUUUUAACACAAAAUCCACAAGCAAUGAGAGCUAUGUUAAUGAUGAACCCACAAACUGCUCAAAUGAUGAAUAACCCACAGUUUAGUAUGAUGUUUGACCAAAUGAUUAGUAACCCAGAAUUGCUACGAAUGAUGAUUAGUAAUAAUCCAUUGAUGGGAAUGGCUGGUAUGCAACAACCUCAAAGUACUCAACAACCAAAUUUCCAACAACCUCAAAAUGCACAACAACCAAAUCCAUUUAAUUUGUUAUUUGGACAACAACCCUCUCAAAAUAGUGGUCUAAACCAACCACAAACUGCACAGCCAGUCCAAAGAAAUCUUCAUGAAGUUUAUGCCAAUCAAAUUAACCAAUUAAAAGAAAUGGGAUUUUUUGAUGAAGAAGAAAAUCUUAGAGCUCUCCAAAGAGUUGGAGGAAAUGUGAAUGCUGCUGUUGAAUUAUUAUUGCAAGGGCCAGUUUACUAA